GCGAAGCCAAGGAGUUCUUCUCAUCUCUCGGAUACAAUUGUCCCAAAAACUACAAUCCCGCCGAUUAUUACAUGAAUCAAUUGGCCAUAAGGGCUGCCAAUCGCAAGGAAUGCAAGGAUAAAGUGAAUAAAAUAUGCGACAAUUAUCUCGACUUUUCCCACUCGCCUAUAAUGACCACAAAAGCGACUGAAAAUAAGUCUGAGGAUACUUUUGACGAGCAGACCGAUGGAAAUGAAGAUAUUGUGGACAGGGGUCAUAGGGCCGGCGUUUGGCGACAAAUGUUUACCCUAUUCUGGAGGGCAUACCUAAUACUAAUCCGCAAUCCAUUGUUACUAAAAGUCCGAUUCAUGCGCUCAUUGGUAUUAGCUCUAUUCCUGGGCGCUAUUUAUUACAAACAAUCUCCCAACUCAUCUGAUGUGGAAAAUAUAAACGCCGCCCUAUUUCUCGUUAUUCAAAACACCAUGUUCAUGAAUACAUUGUUUUGUAUUCAGAUAUUCUGUUUGGAGGGGCCCAUAUUCCUGCGAGAGUACAAAAAUCGUUUGUAUGGUGUAUUUCCCUAUUUCGUGUCCACCACUUUCAUCCAGUUACCAGUGAUUACUCUCACCGGGAUUAUAUUCAUUGCUGUUAUCUAUUACAUGGUUGGCUUUAACCCCGAACUCCCUGUAUUCUUUACGUGUUAUUUUAUUUCGGCGAUUAACAAGACCAUGAUGGGGGCGUUGGCUAUGUUCACGCCUAUGGUUAUGCCAAUGAUGCUAUUUGGUGGCCUAUUCUUGAAUUCCGGUAAUAUGCCCGGGUGGUUGUCGUGGAUCCAGUACCUAUCGUUCAUACACUACGGAUACGAGUCACUGUACCUAUCGUUCAUACACUACGGAUACGAGUCACUGGUGGUGAACCAGUGGAAAGACAUCGAUUACAUCCCGUGCCUAAACAACAGCGAGUCCAGUGGUCAGUGUUAUGCCAAUGGACUGGCGGUUAUCGAGGAUAACGGGUUCACAGAGUCAGCCCUAUUCUACAAUCCGGUCAUUAUGUUAGUCAUGACUGCGGUCUUCCUAUUCAUGACUUAUAUCGGUUUAGUCAUCAAAACCAAACGAAAGUGA